AAAACAUGUGAUCAUUAAUGUUUUGUUUUAAGUUAUUUCAUUUUUUUUACAAAUGUUUUGAAUCAUGAAAAAUGUCAGAACUAAAAAAAAAGAUUUAUGCUAUUAAGGUGUUAGGUAUCAUUCAAGUUAUUAUCAGCAUUUUAUCAGUAGCAUUAGGAAUAAGUGAAGUUGCUACUGCUAACACUAAUGAGUGGUCAGGAAACUCUGGAGCAGGAAUUUGGGGAGGCAUAUGGAUUGGUAUCACUGGUAUUUUAGGAAUACUUUUAGCUUCAUCUAAAAAUAAUAAUUGCUUGAAUGGAACUCAUUUAAGUUUUUGCAUUAUCACAAUGGUGGUUACUUGGAUCAACGGUAUCAUAUACAUUGCUUUUAUAAGUUACACAAACAAUUGUUGGAGUUUGGAUACUUUUAGUGGCUAUAGAUUUGGAUGCAAUUAUAAAUUUUCAGCUGCUCGUGGAAUAUCUGGAACGCUUCUUAUGUUAAUGAUAAUAGAAUUUGCAAUUGCUCUUACAGCAUCUAUUUUAAGCUGUCAAACGCACAAUAGUUGCUGUGGUAAAUCAAAAGAAACAGGACUCGUUAUUGCACAACAACAAGUAAUUCCGAAUAAUGCUACAAUUCCUACAAUGCACCCUAAUCAAGUUCAAAACUUUAUCGCACAACCAGUUAAUCAACCUGUAUACUAUCAACCAAAUCAUGCUCAACACACAGGAGCUUCUACAAACGUUACAAUAACAUUGCAACCUAACCAAAAUCCAAUUUACAGACAGUCAGUAAGUCAAUCAAUAUAUUAUCAUCCAGCUCAAGCCAAUCUUACACUUGUUCGUCCAGCAAAUGAACAAAUACGCGAGCUUCCUCCUGCAUACAGUUAUUAGAGUUCAACUUUUCGUUUUGUUUAUAUUUUCUAUGAAAUUUGCAUACUUUAUUAUGUUCGAUUAACUUUGAUAAGCUCUAUAAAAA